AAACUCCACCCCUCCCUGAGUUCCCAGCAGUAUUCGCUACAUAACAAUUCGGAUAGUUACAACAGUUUCUAAGUGAAGCUGCUGCGAAAUUAUUUGAUUUAUCAGAAAUUCUUUUUGCAUUAUUGUUUUAUAUCAUAACGUGCAUUUAUAAUCGAUCACCGCCAACCCAACUAGGCCAAAUACACCCCCGUGCUAACUUCACCCAAUGCUCUUGGUGAGAAAGUGUGUGGUUACAUUUAAACGGAAGCAAAGCCGAUAUCAGACCAGCACAACUUUAUGAUUCUGCAAUCGGCGGAAAAUCGAGCCUUUCAAACGAACCAAUGGCGAACAGCGAUCUGGUUUAUUGACGACACGCGCAGCAGUUGCUCUUCGACACGCAUGCGACGGUGCGAUGGGUUGACGCUGUCGCGCUGACCCACGUUUGUCUGUGACCGAGUUGACUGACACGAUCCGUUACGUCACUCAGUUAAUCGUUAAUUUCCGAUCAAUCCGCGCGCAACGACGUUCGCUGGCGCCGGUCAGAAGCAUCUGGAUCAUUAAAAAGUUCCAGUGUUAGGACGCUGGUCUGGAGUCACUGCUGUCAUGGGGUCUAACGGAGACCUCAACGCAAACACGGAGUGUCUCAGCAGCACAGGGGAUGUGAUCCUCGACAAAGCCGUCCGUCAGUGGAUUACCUGGGAUAAGGGGGUGUACAAAUACUUAGUCAAAUAUUUUCCUGACCUGAAUGCAAGAGGUCUGGUGGUCGGAUAUGACACUCGUGCCCAAGCAAGCAGUGGAUGCACUAGUGAACGACUUGCAAGGUUGUCCGCAGCAGUUAUGCUUUGUAAAGAUGUCCCCGUCUAUCUGUUCUCUAAUUAUGUGCCUACCCCAUUUGUGCCAUACGCCGUGAUGAAGUUUGGCGCUGCUGCUGGAAUCAUGAUCACUGCUUCUCAUAACAGAAAAGAAGACAACGGAUACAAGGUUUACUGGCACAACAGUGCACAUAUCUCCUCGCCGCAUGACAAGGAGAUCUUGCAUUGCAUUGAAGAGAGUACUGAACCCUAGCCUGAAUCUUGGAAUGAGGACCUAGUUGAAAGCAGUCCGUUGAGGACAGACCCACUGGAAGACAUUUGCCGCUGGUACAUGGAAGAGCUAAACACUGUCUGCUUUCACAGGUGCAGUCUCCCACCUGGACUAAGAGAAAAUGGGGGAGACCUAGGGCAAUUUAAAAAAAAAUAUAUUUACGUUACAUAUAACCAACCAGACAGCAUUAGUAUUAAAGGGAUAGUUUACCCAAAAAUGAAAAUUCUGACAUUAUUUACUCACCUUCAGAUUGUUCCACACUUGAAAAAUGUCUCUGUUCUGAUAAACACAAAGGACGAUAUUUGGAAGAAUGUCAGUAACCAAAUCGAUCUCACCCUCUAUUGACUUCCAUAGUAUUUAUUUUCCUAGUAUGGCAGUAAAUGGGGAAUGAGAUCUGCUUGGUUACUGACUUACAGUUUCAGUUUCUUUUAUUUUUCAAAACUGUUUUAAAAAUGUAAAAUGUUGGUCUAAUCUUUCAUAUCAAUCAUUGGAGAAGUUUUGGCAUUUAUUUUCUCCGAUUUGUUUUUAAUAUGUUUUGCACGCAAUAAGACAUUGAGUGGACAAGAAAUGACCACAAAGCCCCUCGUCAGACCAACACCAGCUGAUGUAUCUUAGUAAGUUGAACAAAUUCUCUGAUUUAUAAGUGUUUGAAUUUAUUCCAGUAACAACACUUAAAGUAUUUUUUGGUAUUUUAGACAUCCUUCUUGUCACGAUCCCAGUCCUUGUUUCCGCUGUGUUUGUGAAUUUUUACAUUACUUCCUUUUCUGUACCAUGUUGUGUAGUCCGUUGUAGUUUUUAGUGUUAGUUUGUUCCUCCAGGCAGGUCUUGUCAUAUUGUUAGUUUCAAUGUAUAUAAAUUUGUCAUCAUCUAGCGUGAGUUAUUAAUUGUGUUAUUUGCCUUGAUCCUUGGUACCAUCACGUCUUUUGGAUAUAUAGCACUGUGGAUUGUCAUUAAAUGGAUUUAAACUGCA